AUGGACAAAAAUCCUCAUUCAGAAAUUCAACUUCCUCCAGGAUUUAGAUUCCAUCCUUCUGAUGAAGAGCUUCUAGUUCACUAUCUAAGAAACAAAGUGACUUCAUCUCCUCUUCCUGCUUCAUUCAUAGCAGAAAUAGAUCUUUACAAGUACAAUCCAUGGGAGCUUCCAAGUAAGGCUUUGUUUGGUGAAGAAGAAUGGUAUUUCUUUACUCCAAGGGAGAGAAAAUAUCCGAAAGGGUUGAGGCCUAAUAGAGCAGCUGGUGCUGGUUAUUGGAAAGCUACUGGAACUGAUAAACCUAUUCUUACUUCAUGUGGUUUGAAAAGCAUUGGAGUGAAGAAAGCUCUUGUGUUCUAUAAGGGACGUCCACCGAAAGGAUCUAAAACUGAGUGGAUCAUGCAUGAAUAUAGGUUGCAUGAUUCAGUGAUCUCAAAUUCCAAGCAUAAUAGUUCUAUGCGACUGGAUGAGUGGGUGUUAUGCCGAGUUCGACAAAAAACCGGAAGCCCGAGAAGGGGUUUGGAAGAUUCAAAUGAACUUUGUUAUUAUGAACCAACAGGUCAAUUUCAUCAAAUGAAUGAGGAUUCUAAUCCUGAAGCAGUCAAAAACUAUGUGCAGAAUGAAUAUCCAAUGUUACCGUAUAUUCUGGCUUCUAAGAGAGUUCUUCCCAAUACCAUUGGUAUGGCAUCAGACAAUGUAAAACCACAUGCUUCAUUUUAUGAAGAAAAGAACUUAAACAUGAUAGGAGCAGAGUUCUUAUCAUAUGCAACUGAGGGAUUGUUUAAUAAUCCUCUCAAGAGAAAAGCCGUCGAAAAUAAUAGCGAGACUGACUUUUAUGCUGUCCUCAAUCAAAGCCUAAGCAGAGAAGUUGAAAAAGAUUUAAGCAAAGGGUACAAUUUCUGCAACUUUGAUCAAUGGAGUUCAAUCAUACAACCUCAAGAGCUUAAUAGCUUAGUCUUCACUGGAUAUACCUAA